AUGUCAGCUCGGAUCCCAUCCAUUGUUUCAAAGCACGUCAGCGAGGCGGCGCGACAAAAGAUUGACAUCGUGGCCAAGUUUGUCGAGGAAGAAUGCAUUCCCGCCGAUCCCGUGCUGGAAGCCCAGAUAGGCGAGGGCGAUAACCGGUGGGAAACACACCCGUCCAUCAUCGAGGAGCUCAAGGACAAGGCGCGCAAGCUGGGCCUGUGGAACAUGUUCCUGCCCAAGGGCUUCUACGCCGAGUCGCCUGGCUGGACCAACGUCGAGUACGCCCUCAUGGCGGAGUGGCUGGGCCGCUCGCGCAGCGCCUCGGAGGCGUGUAACUGCUCCGCGCCCGACACGGGUAAUAUGGAGGUGCUGGCCAAGUACGGCAACGCGGCGCAGAAGGAGGAGUGGCUCAAGCCCCUGAUGGAGGGCAAGAUCCGCUCGGCGUUCCUGAUGACGGAGCCCGAGGUCGCGUCGUCGGAUGCCACCAACAUCCAGCUCCAGAUCACGCGCGACGGCGACGACUACGUCCUCAACGGCUCCAAGUGGUGGUCCAGCGGCGCGGGCGACCCCCGAUGCAAGCUGUACAUUGUCAUGGGCAAGUCGGAUCCCAACAACGCCGAUCCGUACAAGCAGCAGUCGGUUAUUCUAGUCCCCGCUGGCCUGCCCGGCAUCACCAUCAAGAGGAUGCUCAAGGUGUACGGCUACGACGACGCUCCCCACGGCCACGGUCACAUCACCUUUAAGAAUGUGCGCGUGCCGGCCAAGAACCUGGUGCUCGGCGAGGGCAGGGGCUUUGAGAUUAUCCAGGGCCGACUGGGACCUGGGCGCAUCCACCACGCUAUGCGCUGCAUUGGCGCUGCCGAGAAUGCCCUCGACUGGAUGCUCAUGCGCGUCAACGACGAGAGCAAGAAGCCCUUUGGCAAGCUCCUCCGCGAGCACGGCGUCAUCCUCGAAUGGAUCGCCAAGUCGCGCAUCGAGAUUGACGCAGCACGCCUCAUCGUACUCAACGCGGCCGUCAGGAUGGACGAGGAGGGCCCCAAGAAGGCGCUCAAGGAGAUUGCCGAGGCCAAGGUGCUGAUUCCCCAGACGGCGCUGACCGUCAUCGACCGCGCCGUGCAGGCGUUUGGCGGCGCCGGUGUCUCUCAGGAGACGCCGCUGGCCAACAUGUGGGCGGGCAUCCGGACGCUCCGCCUGGCUGACGGCCCCGACGAGGUGCAUCUGCAGCAGAUGGGCCGCAACGAGAACAAGCGCGGCAAGGAGACGGCGGCCAAGAUCCAGUGGCAGAAGGCCAAGACGCAGGAGCUGCUGAAGCGAUACGGCACUGAGAUUGCCGAGCCUGGCUCCAAGAUUAAGCAUAGUGCCAAGCUGUAG